UUUCGCUCGCUCGGUCUCGGCACAGACUCGACUCCGCGUAGUGCAGUAUCGCGCCGGGCAGUGUCGUGUACAGAGUGACGGCUAUUGUGCGGCUGUCGUGGACUGGUGUUCGCGUCAAUUGUGCAGUUUAUUCGUAUCCUGUACGGAAUAGUGGUUUUAUGCUCUUGUAGAAAUAGCAGGGAAGGUUUUGGGGCUCGCGUGUUUCGGAGCUGGAGUGUCGUUUGGAGGGACGGCUUCAGCUGCGACUGUGGUAGUGAAAGCUGGCAAGGAGAGGGACCAGAGAGCGUGAAGUACCGAACAAGUGCACUCGCUGUACAUCGCUAGGGAUUUCUCCAACCUCCAGCAUCAUGAGUCGGUGGAGGAAGGACCCCUUGGAGGUGUGUGGCUCCAAGCACACCAAUGCCACCCUGGAAUUCCACGAGUGCCUGUGCAAGUUCGACUACAGGAACCUAAAGAGAUACCAACAGACGCUCAAGUUCAAGCACUGUUGGUUGGCAGAUGAGAUGCGACGAAUAGACAAUUUUGAAAUGUAUAUAAUUAUUGCAGUGGUGAUAGGUGUUGUGGUUAUAUUUAGCAUUGCUGCAUUUUGCUCGUUUAAAUGGUAUCUCCAGACUAAUGCCAAUCCAUGUGGGUGCUUGUCAUGUUCAUGUUGCAAGAAAAAGAAGAAAAAGAAAGAUGAAAAUGAGGUUGUGGUGAGUUCGGCAUCACAUGAUCUUGACUUGGGCAAUGGUGGGCAGUCAUGGACCCCAAUCCGCUUGGUGCCCAAUAAAGACACAGUUGAUGGGAGUCCAGACACCAAUCGUGCGAGUGCUGAACCUAGUGAUGAAGACCACAAAAGUUUUUGCAUGAAAUUCUGUCUGAGUGACCCUGUUCAAGAUUGUUGCGAAUUCUUUGACUGUGACAUCAUGUGGCGUAAGAAAAGCAUUUAUGCCAUACCAAUAUUUGGUCGUCGCAAGCAGCCUCCACUGCAGCGAAGGCCAACACGGCCUGCUCCUCCUCCUCCCAAAGCAGUGGUGCCUCCGAUAGUCAAGCACCCUGAACCAAUUCAUAUAGGCUAUGAUGAUGACAUAGAGUGUGAACCUGUCCCUGAGGCACCGCCUUCCCCAGAACCUGUACGUGUGGACCAACCCAGAGCCAUGUAUGUGGAUCCUUUGGCAUUCUUGCAGAGACCCUUCUUGAAAUCGACCAAAGAGAAGGCAGUUGAAGAGGAACCACCUGAGGCCUUGUACAGCAAAGUGAAGGACUUCAUGUUUGGGAAAUCAAAGAAGAGUGCAAGCAUGGCAUCCCUCAACAAGUUGGGUGUGAAUACUAACCCAGAUGCAGUCAGCACCACCUCUAGCAAGAAGAGCAAGUAUAGUCGCACAGGCAGUCUAGCAUCACUACAUAACCUCAGCGAUGAACAGUUAGACAAGAGCUACCAAAGUAAGAGGUCCAUGAGCCUGGCUUCUCUACACAUGGUUGAAGAAGAAUCUUCUAAUAGAAUGACCCCGAGAGGAGGCGCCAGCAAGCUGAAUGUGGCCCGAAGCAGAGGAUCUCUUCACAACAUCUGUGAGGAUGAUGACAUUCCCCCCUCACAGAGGACUGAUGAAUACAUUGACCUGGAGGAAAUGUCCAAGAGGAUAGAGGCAAAGAUGUUGGCAAACCAGAAUGGUGCUGAACAGGUUGGAGCGGUUGGAGCUCCAAGUGCACAGCCACAGGGCCCAGGUGCUAGUCCCCGACCACGCACAAGCCCAAGACCUCCAACUAGUCCUCGGCCCCCCACUAGUCCCCGACCUUCAGUGAGCCCUCCGGUUUCUCCCCCAGUUUCAAGUUCCUGGACACCAAAUUUCGUUCCUGCAUCAGCAUACACAGCACCAAAGAGCAAUGAAGCAGUUCCUCUCCAGCCAGGUAGUGCUACUUACUCACCAUCCUUGUACAGAGCACAGGCCCCACAGCACUAUGCAAUGAGUGGUUCACCAGUCCCACCAUAUGCAAGUUAUCCACAAGCAGAAUACCCAUAUGGCCACUCUCCUGCAAUGAUGCUGGAUGAGAAUGGUCAGCCAAAAUAUUAUCCUCCUGUGCCUGCCACACAAGACAGACCAGCGGUGCCUGCUAGACUGGCUGUUGGCACCCCAGUCAAUAACACUGGUACAUUAGGUCGUCCAAAGCCUGCUGUCCCCCCAAGGCCAUCAAGUGGACCAAAUUCCCCAAAGCCCAGAGGCAGUGGAGGCUCACCUAAGCCACGUGCUCCACAGCCACCCUCAACCUUAGGGAGGAAUUCACAUGUGGUAAAGCCAACGGCUCCCCCUCCCCCUCCACCUGUAACAACCCCAAUUGAAUCGUCACUCUGAGUGGAGCCAAGUAAGGUGAAUGUGAGAUUGUAUAGAAAAUAUUGUACAUAAUGUGUAUUUUUAAUGCCUUUUGACACUCUGCUCAAGGGAUACUUUAGCCAAACAUGUAGUAUUUUUCAGUUUUCAUUUGGAAACAAUAAGGGCUAUCCUUUUAUAUCAUUAUUCCUUUAAUCACAUUGCAGGGUAUCUGUUAAGAUACCUGCCAUAAUUUUAUAGCACCUGUAUCAGAAUUCCAUCCUAGACUGUCAUGUAUCAUAUAUGAGAGGAUAGUUUCUUUUUGUUCUGUAGAAAUUAUCUAGACAUAUUGUCCGCAAAAUAGUUUCAUCCAGACCAAAGUUAGAGUAGAAACAGUUAGUGUACAAGGUAUUGUCAACAUAUCAUUCAGAAGAGCAAGUUGACAGAUGUGAGAAUUCUCUCAACUAGCAAGCGGGACAGUUCCAUAAAUUAUUAUUAUUAUUAUUAUUUUUAUUAUUGUUUUAUUUUUUUUAAUGCUUGAGAUUUUGUUAGUUUUGUGUUCUUUUUUCUACAUAAGAAAAUAACCUUUGGGUUUCCCAGUGCUCAACUUUUAUAAUCUUACUGUGUAUAGUUUAUGUGUGACAAGAAUGUCUUUCAUUGUGAUCAGUGUUGAGUUAUACAUGGUAAUGCAAUUGCAUUUGCUAAGUAUUCUUUGCAAAUCAUAUGAGAUAUGUAUGCAUACAUUUUAACCAUUCAAAUUUUGGCUUAGAAUACAAGACAGUGCAUUCACCAUCUAUGCAGUUAUUGUGAAUCAUAUUUAAAGUCGUGUAAAUAAUGUACAUAUUCAGUGUAUAGAUUCAAUGUUCAUUUUGGAAGGGCCAGUGGUAAGGUGUGAAGGGAAAUGAAUGAGAUUUGGAGAAAGUGAGAAAAAUCUCUUUCUUUUUGUACUUGUUGUAGGACUAAUACUUGUAUUUUAAUAUCUUUGAGGUAUAUGACUAGAUAUUUAGAGGAGGGAGUUGGUGUACUAUGUAUCGCCUCUCCCUAAUGUAUCGAUACUACUUUGUUAGUGGACCAUGGUGCAUCAUUGUCACCUGGUGGAUUUAAACAGGGAAUGAUACAAGAUGCUUUAGAAAUGUCUUAGAUGAUCACUUGAAUGUGUUAUUUCUUUUUGUUUUUUUCCCUCUUCCUCCUUUAUAUUUCCCCUUCCUCUUUCCAAUCUCCUCCUCCUGUCUGUUCCUUCCAUUAUUCUUUGUUCCACAUCACUUUCUUUUUUGUCUUUUACAAAAUUCUCUUAGGGAUGUCUGAAGAAGAAAUAUUUAACAUGUGCAUUUUUUGGUAGUGUAUUGUUAUUAAUGGCAUUUCAAAAAAGUGUCUAGUCUUUUUUGUGUAGGAUAUUGAGCUAAGAAGGAUGUAGGAUUGUGUGGUCUAAGUAUUGCUACACACUUCUUAUAUGUAUACCAUUAUUCGGAACCAUUACUUUGUGAUUCGUAUAAGAAAUAAGUAAGAAGUUAUUAUUAUUUAUUGUUUUUGUUUUUAAAGAAAUCACUGGUAAUAUUUUUUUUAUUGAUUCUGAUGGCAUUAUUCAAAACUUACCUUUUGUCUGAAGGUGGUACAAAUGCGAAUGCACUAGGUGCAUGUUUGUACACUUCGGUGUUUGUCAAGUGCUGUGAUGAUCUUCUGAGUUGCAAGUUCUAAUUAUUGUGUAAUGAGGGUUCAACAGAGGGUAUUUAUGAUAAUAACUAGUAUUAUAUGAAUUUGUCUUUUAUUUAUCUUAAGCUGGGCAAAGUUCACGAAGAAAGGGAUAUGUCGCAGUUUCUUUCAUUUCCUUCCCUUUUCCAGUAAAAGUAGUUUUUUAUACCUCUCUUAAUUAUGUUUCUACCUCCACCUCUUGUUUUUUCUUUUUCUUUUCUUUAUUAUUUUCUUUUCUUUUUUUCUUUUUUAUACCCAUCCUCAAUUACUUUCAUCUAUCUGUGCCCAGUUGAUAAUAUACUAACUUUCUUUUCAUAAGUUUGGUAAAGGUGAUUAUCCAAAAUCGCCUGUGUUGCCAUCACUGCUUUUAUCAGUUUUAGUGAAUUUCAGUGAUUGUAGAGACUGCCAAUAUACCAUAGGGAUUUUACCCAUACAGUUGAUUGUUUUGGGUUAUGUUCACAAGAUGUCCUUUUUAAAUGCAGAUAGUGAAUUAUCCUGUGAAAGGAAGCUGAAAAGUUUUGGUCGUUGUAAUGUAAAGUAAAAUUUGAAAACCAUGAGGUGCACUUUGUUAGAGAGAAAUUUGUCUCUUACAGCUUUUUAAAGAUGAUUUAUUUUGUAAAUAUGUGCUAUACUUUGUAAAUUGAAUUACAGCAAAGGGGACAGAUGCUUACUAUUUUUACAGGGUGUACUUUUUCUCUAUUCAUGUAAUUUCAUGUAUGCAAGUUAUAGUAGGGUGUUGCAGUGCACAGCUUUGUGUUUGUUUCAUUCUGGAAAUUUAAGUUAGUCUAUAUUUUGGCAUAAACAAACUUGAUAAAAAUUGUGAAAUGCAGUUUGUGAAUGUAAUUCUAGGUACAGUGGUAGGUGCUAAAAUGAAUGACCUUGCUUUGUAAAAUGAGUUACAUGAAUUAGAAAAUGGCCCUUUUUCUUAACUCUAUUCAGUAUUAUUUAGAAAAUGGUGGUUAUGCCAAUCACUGAUAAGGACGAGGAGACUGCUCACUGUUGCAAUGUCAUUAUGGAAUAAUAUUCAGCAUUGAGCAUUGUAUUCAGUCAAGGAGUGUAGGAUGAGACCUUGUAUUGAAUGUGCUAUGUGCAUGUAUGUGGUUUUAAUGUUAAUGUAACACUAAUGACCUUUUGUGUUAUGAAGAUACUCUUUUUAUGGACUUACGAGAAUAAGUUUUUUUUAUGAGAGAGGGAAGUUUUCUUUUUUUUGUAAGUUCCAGUCAGUUUUUAGUGAAGUAUAGCAGCUUGCAGUGUUUUAGAAGGAAAAGGACUCAGUGUCAUUGUUAUUUCUAGUAUUGGCUAGAUGAACAUAUCAAAGGCAGCUCAUGUUGAUAUAGUUUUGAACAGAGCUAUCGUCAAUUUUUUUUUUUUUAUUGGUAAAGUAUCUGUGAAGUUGGUGUUUGGGGGGAGUAUUUACAUAGAAAAGGUACCAUUGAUUUUACUUUUUUAUGGAAAGUAGAUGAAUAGAUGGGUCUUCUGCAUAAAAGCACAAUAAAUUUUCCAGUUAUUGUGUGAUUUGCUCAUAAAUUGUCAGUACUUCAUGUAGAUUUUGCCAGUGAUUGCGCCUGGAGCCUUGGAAUCCUUUAAUUUGUAUCAUUAUUAUUAUUAUCUGACUGCUGUUAAGUUUGUUAAAUGUGAUACUGUAUGCCAUACUUACUAUUUUUGUAGGCUGUCUCUAGGAAUAAAAAAUCAAAGACAA